UCUUCUUCUUUACAGCCGAGCCGACUCACACUGAUUCUAUUACCCUCUUUCUUUCACACGAAGUUACAACUGUAUAUCUGUUUCUUUUCAAGCUCCUCAGUACCUCCUGCGACAUCGCAACCGCUGAAACCUGUCGUGGUAAAACCUGUGUACUUGACCACGUUGGUUUCUGACAACAAACACAAUUCAGAUGUGCACACGUGAGAUUCUAUUGACUGUCUCGAAAUGAUGCCGAUACGUUGGCUGACGAUUAUCUUCGGGCUAGUGUCGGGUUUCAUCCCGGUGUACAGCCGCACGUUACCAAAGGGUCACGAAGAUCAACGAUGGACAACAGGUAGCGCGAUUGAUAGCGUGGACGACGGUAGUGGUGAAGAAGAGGAUCCGUCAUUCAAACCGUCACUUGAUACCAGUGGUACCAUUGAAGCGUCAAUCAAAAUCCAAAAGGCUCCCGUCCGCCUGGACUGUCAGGGAGCAACGGGCCACCGACGCGAGAGAGAAGCAUCCUCCGAGAAGGAAGAGCAUCGAAAUCAAUUCCUGAGAUGCAAGGAUUGUCAGAGAGAUGCGCGCAUGAUCGCCGCUUUGUCGAGGAUCGCCAAAGUCCGGGUGGCCGGAGGGGAUCCCGUUAUCACCGCUCGACGUUCGAAGGAAACCGGGAUCGACGCGCGAGGAAAAUCUACAUACUCACUGGACGAUGACAAUUCCGCGGGGAAUACCGUGGAAAAUACGAGAGUGACGUCUUCGAUCACACCUCUCGGGUUAUCUUCCAAUGGUGUCUCUAAUCGUGCGGCGAACGGCGAAAUCAAGCAGCGAUCCGUUCGCUGCCGAGCCAAGGGAGAUGUUUACAUAACGGAUGUAGGCGAGAAUGUUCCUUCGUACACGUGCAAACUCGGGAACAACGUGUUCCUUCUCGCCAGCAAGAGAUUUCGGCGCGACCGUAGGAACAACUUGGACGUCGGUGUCGACGACGAUACGCUUCGUAGAUUAAAUAACGCUUCCCUCGCUUCCACCGAGAUUAAUCCACGUACCAUCGAGGUGGUCUUAGCUUUGAAACCUGACGGCGAGGACUACGAAAUACGUAAUCGGACGUAGACAAUUUGCACGAGCGGCAAACGAUAAUAAAAGAAUUAUUAGAUACGGGCGAAUCUAUAAUACGUCGGAAAAUAACACUCCCGACGGCGCGAAUUCAUUAACAAUCGAUCGACCCAAGUGGGAUCAGAUGAGGGAAGUAUGCGAAAACUCACAAAAACAUUGUAGCAACGUUAUUCAAUAAAUGUUUCACGCCGUCGAAAAAAAUUCGCUGUUUUCUGUGUCAUCUUUGGACGAUCUGUUCGCUUUUGUCAGGGUUAGGUAAGCCCAUUUCUAAUUCUAAUUAAGUUAAGUUGAAAGUUAUCGGCCUGUAAAAUGAACUUGGUUAAAUUAAAAGUUACCUAAGCAGAAAUUAGCUUAAUUAAAAGUUAGGUUGAAAUUAAAUUAACUUGUCGAAGUUAAGAAUUAAUUAGA